AUGAGACGUAUCCGAUCUGCCUGUGACCAGUGUCACACCAGGAAACUUCGUUGUUCUGGGGGAGAGCCCUGUGCCAACUGCCAAUUAUCAAAUCAGGAUAUUGAUUGUGCCUAUAGCCUCUCCAAUCCACUGGGCCGUCCUAAAGGUGUGAAGAAUAAGUCGCCGCGAUCGAAUGCGAUGAUCACAAAGUCACAAGACAACGUUAAUACAUCAACCCUUCCACGACAAAUCCAUGAGUCGCGGCAGAUGAUCGACAAUGGUCCCUUUACAGCCUCGUGCAUGCCGUACAUGGCCGACCCCGACGCAUCAAUGGCAUCCUCAGACUCCGGUGGCUACGAUUUCUUAGACGAGGACUUUUUAAUGGGCGCAACAAAUUCCCUCUCGUUUUUUGGCCCGUCUGGCCCAUGCACCUGCACCUGCCUUCAGCAACAUGCAAGUCUUUUGUCACAUCUUCGGCGCGUACAAUGCAUUGGGGCCCCACUACCCGUAGAUAUUCUUCUCUCUGCUGCCCAGAGAACCUUUGCUACGUUAAAGGAAUUUACCCAUUGUACUACCGCCUGCCAUGGUAAUACGCAUGAGGAAGCCAUGCUGCUCUCUGCAUUGAGCCUCCGAAAUACGUUUCGACUACUGCAAGGCUAUGCCAACUUUGUGCCGAUACCGAUGGAACACCCCCAUAUUGGUACACAUGCGCUUGAUCAUAGAAAUCAGACCCCUGCUCACUCCCAGCCCCAAACUCACAUUCCACAUACUGCGAGGGGCGCUAUCGACAUGAAGAUCGGUGGAUAUCACGUUGAAGAUGAUGAGAGGGAGAUGGUUAGUGAUAUGCUCGCGCUUCAUAUACUGAGUCGUAUCGAGUUCGCCGUGGCGGCUCUUUUAAAGCGAGUAUCUACCCUUAUGCAGGCGGAAAUUACGCCAAGUAUAGAUCAGAUACGAGGUUCGCACCAAAGUGACCGAAAAAUUCUCGAUCAAGAGAGUGACAUGGGACAGGUGCAACAUGUUUUGCGUGGGCUAGGAGCUAUUGUGGAUGAUAUAAGGAGAUCUCUACACUGGAGACACCACAUGACUAUGCAACGAUCUUAUGGAUUAUGA